AUGCCUAGGAAAUAUGCCAAUAAGCAAGACACUGACCAGUUUCGUCAGAUACUCUUAUCAAUGGAGGAUCAGUUCCUUCAUCUCACCCCCAUGGAUUUGUGUGAUAAGACGAAACUGCUGCAGGAUUGUCUAGGUGCAUUCAAGGACAACAUGAAGGGGUUCAAUGUGGUGGAGGACAUCAUCAGGAAGGGGUUAAAGGGUGAGGUAUUUGGCCCUGAAACAAUAGGGCACCAGAUCUGUCUUCACUUGAAGAAGAUCAACAGGGAAGCUAAGUUGCUGCAGGCAGCACUUGAUGGGAAGGCUACUCAUCAGGAGAAAAGACAUCUGGUCCGUACCUGGAUGUCAGACAUCCGUGGCAUGGAGGGCACAGGGGAAGCGGUUGUUGAUGAGGAAAUGGGCUUUUAUACCGUUGCUCCGGCAGAGAAUGUCAUAUUCCUGUCUGGUACACGUGAAUGCCCUAAGCUUGAACUCGUUGUCUUCCAUGGCAUUGGGGAAGGCAGCGAGUUGACUGCAGACCUCUAUAAAUGGCUCAAUGCUGUCAUUGACUAUGCAUGCUGGGCCAGACGGGAUGUCCGUCCCUACCAUGAGGGCAAUUUGACUCAGAUUGGCAUGAACCUUGGCCCCCGCCACGCCCGUGUCCUAGGAUGGGCCAAGUCUUUCGUCAAGAAUUUGUCCAACAAAGACAUGAAGAUUCACGAUACUGAUGCUAUUGGUGCUGUUAGCAUCUUUUGGUCUAUUCUGAGUGCAUACGCCCCAACCGAGGUGACUGAUGCAAUGGUGAAGUAUGUUGAGGAAGAGGAAUUGCCUCAUCUUGCUACCCAGAAUGUUGGGCCAGGUACCGGCUUCCGUCUAUGUCUGGGAGAUAAGGACUAUAUGUUUCCUACAUGCUCCCGGGCACCUCCGGAGGCAUAUAUUUCCUGUGGGUAUUCUGCUCCAGUGCACCGAGACGCUUCAUAUUGCCCUUGGGCUGCGUCUUGGAUUGUCAACCGCAAUGUUGACAAUGUUGAUGACUCUGCCGACAAAUCUGCAGGCAGCAGUUUUGUCGAUGUUGGCUUGCGGGUUGCAGUACGUGCUGCAUCUGCCAGUCUUGUCAUCUGGAAUCCCAACAACGCACAUGGAACUACACGGUCGUACGGUGCAGAAAACUCUGGGAUCGCCAUUACUUUUUCUUCCAAGGUUUGCGAUGUCUAUCGUACACUCACUUCCAUGGGUAAGGUACCUUUUCUCAGUGGUACCUGUUACGGUGGAGAUGAAAUCCUAGGUCUUGUCGAGAGUGGGAGUGGGGCAGGGGCAACUGAAACUGAUGAAUAG